UCCUAGUACACUAGCAAAUGUUGUUGUGUACUCACUCAGAUGUAAUUUAAUGUUGUCAUGUACAGACACGCACGAUAUUUUUUAUUUCUUUGCCUGCGUCUGCAUAUAUACAUAGAAUGAAAUCGGCUAAACACAAAGUUUCGAGUCUUAAUCUCUCACCUGUAUUCUGAGCAGAAACGGUCUCUUAUCCAGAAUGUCACUGUAAUGUCAGCCUGAUGGUCAUUUUACAGCAGAAGUAGGUAGAGCUCAGCCUUCUUUUAUUCCUCCUGGUCAAGCUUCCCAUAUCUGCAACCUCCCUCCCCUCUCUUCAUGUUUCCUGUGUAAGAAUGGACGGUAAGCAGUCAUUACAGCCCAGCUUGAACUCCACCUAUAUGCCCUCUGACAUCUCGUGUGAUGAAGAGCAUUCUGAGGGCGAGAAUGUGGGGGGUGACACCUCCCCGCUGCUCUCUCGGCAGCACGGCGCUGGAUCACUGGCAGACCGUCGCCCGCCGGAAGACUCGUACAAUAUGGUGUACUUCAUCUUUUUCCUGAUGGGCAUCGGCUCUCUGCUGCCCUGGAAUUUCUUCAUCACAGCCAAACAAUACUGGCUCUACAAGCUGAGUAACAGCUCCAGCCCUUCAGGCCAUGAAGACACUCAGAAUGACAUCGGUGACUACUUUGAGAGCUAUCUUGCCAUUGCUUCAACUGUUCCAUCAGUGCUGUGUCUCAUCCUCAACUACCUCCUGGUGAACAGGUUUUCCUCGCGGGUGCGAAUCUUGGUGUCUCUGAUCUUGAUCUUCCUGGUGUUUGUGGUGACCACAGUGCUGGUGAAAGUGGACGUGUCUGGAUGUAGGAUGCAGUUCUUUGGAGGAACACUGGUCAGUGUAGCGCUGGUGAGCGGGAUGUCUAACAUCUUCUCUGGCAGCAUGUUUGGUAUCAGUGGCCACUUUCCCAUGAGGAUAUCUCAGGCACUCAUUUCAGGUCAAGCCAUGGGCGGCACUUUGAGCGCUGUAUCCUCUAUAGUGGCUCUGGCGGUGGCCAAUGAUGUGACCAAUAGUGCACUGGUCUAUUUCCUCAUUGCUGACAUCUUCACCCUCUUUUGUAUCGGCAUGUACCUGCUGCUGCCCAAACUGGAUUACUCACGAUACUACAUGGAAAUGGCUGCUACACCCGUCAGUGAGUCGAACAGCCACAACAGCACCUCAAACUCUGUACCGCCCCUCAAACCCAUCCUGAAAAAGACAUGGAUGCUGGGCUGCUGCGUCUUCUAUGUCUUCUUCAUCUCCAUCAUGAUUUUCCCUGCCGUAUCAUCUGGAAUCCAGUCGAUGAAUAAAGACCCCGGAAACCCAUGGACCACCACAUACUUUGUGCCGCUCACUAGUUUUUUACUGUACAACAUUGCAGAUUUCUGCGGCCGCCAGGUGACCGCCUGGCUGCAGGUGCCGGGCCCCACCAGCCGCAUGCUGCCACUGCUGGUGUGCUUGAGGACCAUCUUGGUUCCGCUCUUCAUAUUGUGCAACUACCAGCCACGGUAUCACCUGCACAACGUGUUUUUUGCACAUGAUCUGUUCCCUGUGGUCUUCGUCUGCUUGCUGGGGGUUUCUAACGGGUAUCUGGGCACACUGCCAAUGAUCUACGGACCCAAAGUUGUGCCGCGGGAGCUGGCCGAGCCGGCAGGCGUCAUCAUGUCUUUCUUCCUCACGCUUGGGCUAGCUGCCGGAUCGGCGUUCUCUGUAGGGCUUGUUUACUGUAUAUGAGUACUUUUUGAAAAAUGUUGACACAGAACUGAUCGUUUACACUACAGCAGCCAAGCACAGUGUCUAUUGCCAAACAUUUUUGAUUACCUUUUAAUAACUUUUAAAAACAAUGUGACUGUUCUCAGAAAACGUGAUUUUUAAGCUCCGUUUUGUCUUUUAUAAUAAAACAUUUGGAGCAACA